UGCGCUCGCACAGCGUCGGCGACAUGUCGACCGAUGGCACCAGCGCGCCAGGUAGCAGUGUCUACGACUCUAGCACCAUGUUUGUUGGAGAUGGGACAUGGAUCGCUUCCAAGAACACCUUCCUCUUGCCCAACCUCCAGGGACUCAAUUUUGCGACAAUGCAGUUGAACAGUGAGAUUGCCCACACUUGGCUAGCCUCGUACCACCGCCUCAUCAUCGGCCACGGAGUUCUUGCUGCCCUCAUCUUCCUCCUAAUAGUCCCCUCAGCCAUCUUCGUCGCUCGCUUCUACUAUAGGAACCCUCGCCUUGCUCUCAGACUCCAUAUCUAUCUCCAGAUUCUGACUGUUGCCUUGAUUACUGUUGUUUUGAUUCUCGGUUGGUUUGCUGUGGGACCUGAGCGAAGCUUGUCUAAUCNNCCUCACCACGGCAUCGGUGUCGCCCUGUACACUCUUGUUCUCGUCCAAUUCUUUGGAGGUGCUCUGAUUCAUCGAAUCGAGAAGGGCAAGUCGCGAUGGAAGAUCCCUCUCAGACUGAUGGCGAUACUGAUAAGACCCGUAGNNCUCCACCAAUGGCUCGGCAGAGCAAUCGCCUUACUCGGUCUUGCACAGAUUCCUCUCGGUAUGACCCUGUAUGGAUCCCCCAAGUAUUUGUUCAUCCUCUACGCUGUGGCUGUAUUCGCCCUCAUCGUCUUGUACUUCAUCCUCUGUUACAUUUACCAACCCGUUGCCGACUAUGACGACUACUCGAGUUACCUUUCAGGUCCAACAAGGACAGAAAUUACCGAAGAUCGCCGAACUGGACGCACUCGGCGCACUGUCAGUACCGGUAGCGACGCUAGUCAUCAUGGUCUGAGAAAUACGGCCUUCUUCGGUGCAGGUCUGGCUGGUUUGGCAGCACUUCGUCGACGUUCGCAAAGCAGAAAGGCCCAAAGAUCCGAUCGAGCCAAAGUCCCCUCGCAUAGAUCGUACCCUUCAGAUUCCUAUGUCGAAGAGGAAAAAGUGAUUGAAAGCCGUCGCAAGGACAACACUUGGAGAAACAGACUGCUAGGUGCUGGCGCUGGACUUGGUGCAUAUCAAGGAUUAAAGAGGGCCUUCUCGCGCAGAUCGCCGCAAGACGAAGAGAGCUACGCUGGUUCCUCAUACGCGCCCACAGUCGGUGGAGGCCAGGCUGUGCAUCGAGCCGACGUGAUAAGAGUUCAAGACGGUGAGGCACCGUUGUCGCCUGAGCCUCAGCGAGUCGUUAGGUCAAAUCGAGCUAGCACAAUACCGGCAGACGCCCCAUUUGAACAGCCUCUUCGGUCACGCACAAGUCAUGACUCCUUCUCCUCAUAUGAUAGCCGGAGCUCGUUCGAGGAUGAUCGACCAUCUCAGCCACUCAAGUCUCCCGAGCCUGGCAUCAUUGCUGGUAUCGGUUCAUUAGGUUUGCUUGGAUAUAUCAGAGAGAAGCGUAAGCAGAAUCAAAUCAAGAAAGAUAACGUCAGGGUUGUGGACAUGCGCCAGCAAGAACGACAGAAUGCUGAGCGGAUUAACCGUGCCAACAGUCGACGCUACUCGGAUCGACGCGGGCACAGGAGAGCAAGCAUUGCUAACACCGAAGCUACGCAUGACCUCGGGUUUGCAGGAAGCAACCCAGAACUCUCAAGACAACACUUACCUACCGGCAAUAUGCCUCCUUUGCCCGCUUCUGCAGCGACUUUGCCAUCAAGUAAUCAGUACAGCACGAAUCGGUUGCCGAACAACGACGGAUCUGCACCUCUAUCACCGCCCGUGAUGGGUCCUGCAUAUCCGACUCAACCUGGUCCUGUGUCAAUGCCUGAAGGAGCUGUUGUUCCGGAUGCUUCUCGUCUCGCAAUGUCAAACAACACAUCCAGGGCACACCUCCCAGUGGAGACGACAGCAGCAAGUCUUGCAGCCGCCAAUAUGGUACAUUCGCCUACGAGACUCGACUCCCGUGAAAGACCCGAACACCAUCACAGUCACACAUCGCAAAUCAAAGCGACCAGCAGUCCAGCAAGCGUUGCUUCUCCGCCAGUCAGCGUCAAAGUAAAGAUGCACAAUGAUGGGCGCCAUGUUACACUUCGUCGAUUAAAUGAGGAUGAAGCUGCAGCGGAGCGAGAGGCGCGAAGACGGGAGAGACGCCAGAGAAGGAGGCGAGCCGAGAGUUUGAGCUCUGGUGUGGAAGAUGAGAGUAUCAGGUACAGACGUGCUCAAGGCGCUGUACCAUCUCCGAACAAUGCAGCCAGACCACCAGCUUCAUCACAUCCGGAUGAGCUGAACCUUCCGCCCAUGCAGGGUCCUCCUCCUGUGCCUGUUCACAGUACAGGCAUGAGUCCCGUCAACAUGGCCCCCAGUGGCAUCACCAGCGGUAUUGGCAGCCCUGCGACCUAUGAUACAGGUACUGGAACGGAUCUCAGUGCCUUCGACACCAACAGGAAAAGACGAAGAGCAGAACGGGCUGCUCAGCGAAGCGCCAAUCAAGGCGCUCGUGUUGAAUUUUCU